CGUCAUCGGUUGCGUGAUGGAACGCCUAUCUACGGGCGGCACAAGCGGUCAAAACGGUCUGUAGUAAACAUAGAAGCGCGUUUGGAAAUGUUUUAACAUUAACGAUGUCAUUUUUCGUGACCAAGUACACGGGUCUCCGCCGUGUCUUUCGUUUAGGGAGAUAUGUAAGCAUAGAGCAGAAGCAGGCUGCGUGUGGCCAUGAAAGAAGCUAUGCCAGCACGUCUGAAGAAAAUAGAAGAAUUCCCAAGAUAUACACGAAAACAGGAGAUAAAGGUUUUUCCAGCACCUUUACAGGUGAGAGGAGACCGAAGGAAGAUCAUAUAUUUGAAGCUUUGGGAACAACAGAUGAAUUAUCAUCAGCAAUUGGGUUAGCCAGAGAAUUUUGCAUUGACAGUGGCCAUUCGUUCACAGAUCAGCUGGAGAAGAUCCAGUGUGUACUACAGGAUGUAGGGUCAAAUAUUGCCACUCCCCGGUCAUCAGCUAGAGACAGUCACAUCAAGAAGACAAUGUUCAACUCUCAAGCUGUGAUUGAGCUGGAGAAGUGGAUGGAUGCGUUCACAGAGGAGCUGCCUCCACUCACCAACUUCAUACUUCCUUCAGGAGGGAAAAGCAGCGCAGCUUUACAUGUGGCCAGAGCAGUGUGUCGACGGGCUGAACGCUGUGUUGCCCCUGCUGUCCGUUCGGGUGAGACAGAUCCUGAAGUUGCCAAAUAUCUGAACAGAUUGAGUGACUACUUGUUCACGGUGGCCAGAUAUGCUGCGAUGAAAGAGGGCAAGGGAGAAACGAUCUACAAAAGACCUGAAUAGUAUAGUAUCAGGAUAUCAUCUAGAAUUUGAACCAUGUUACUCUUGCUUUCAAAUCCCGAUCAUGUCUAAAUACAAGAACACUGUUUCAGGCAAUUUGUUCCAGAGUACCUGUGUACAUUUUUUAUUUGUAUUUUUCCAGAAGACUGUAUAGGGAUGAGGGAACAUGUUUAUUUAGGAGAAUUUCUAUCAUGCUCCAGUCAUAUUCUAAUUGAGUUACUAAGUAGUUUUUAAUGAAACUUUGUAUUAUAUUCAUGAUCCCAUAUUUUAUCAUUUUGUCAAGUACAUUUUUUUUUUUUUACAUAAAUGAACUACUGUGGUGACUUUAUGAUAUAAAUACAUAAAUACAUGUGCUGUUUAAUAUUUUGUGGAUUCAUUUUGGUGAACAGAAAGUUAAAACAACAGCAUUUGCAACAUUUAACAUUGCAAAUGUCAGUUUAAUGCAUACUUGCUGGAUAAAAUUUUAAUAAAAAAAUACAAAUGCUA